CUGUGUAGCUGUUGCCCGAGCGUGAUCUGAAUCGCCCCAUGAAGGAUCCUAAAUUAAACUUGGAUCUGAGUGAGCUCUGGGAAUGACCAAGAGGUAAAUGUUCUCCAGGGAACCCAGCUGCCUCACUCCAACGUCCAAGCUGAGUUUGACUGGACCAUGGAGCCCUUCUCACCUCUAGAACCAAAGGCAGCUGCAGAAACGGGUUCGUCUGUGCCAGAGAAAAAAUUCCGUGUCCUGGUGGGUGUGACUGGCAGUGUGGCUGCCCUGAAGCUGCCUCUCCUCAUCUCUGAAUUGCUGAAAAUACCUGGGGUGGAGGUGAAGGUGGUCACUACUGAGAGGGCAAAGCACUUCUACAACCCCCAGGAGAUUCCUGUCCCCCUCUAUAGCGAUGAAGAUGAAUGGCAGCUGUGGAAGGGCCGCUCGGACCCCGUCCUGCACAUCGAGCUCAGACGGUGGGCCGACCUCAUGCUGGUGGCCCCUCUUGAUGCCAACACCCUGGCAAAGCUUGCCACCGGGAUCUGUGACAACCUGCUGACUUGUGUCAUCCGUGCCUGGGACCUGCGCAAACCUCUGCUCUUCUGCCCAGCUAUGAACACAGCCAUGUGGGAACAUCCCAUCACGGCUCAGCAGGUGGAGCAGCUGAAGGCCUUUGGCUACAUGGAGAUCCCCUGUGUGGUGAAGAAACUCGUGUGUGGAGACGAAGGUCGAGGAGCCAUGGCAGAGGUGUGGACCAUCGCCGAGAGCGUGCGGAGGGUCGUCGCGGAGCGGGACCUGCCGGCGCAGAGCUGACUGCUCGCCCUGCCGAUUGCCUUCCUGGGGACCUGAAGAUAAAGCCAACAGGAAACCCAGCCGAGAUGGUGCGCGGCCCUGCAGCGGGCUCCCCAACCGAAGGGGCGCAGCAGUUGGCUCCCAGCUGGUGCCAAACUGACGUCUGGUGCCUCGCUGCAGACUUUGAGAAACCAAGGCCGAGCUCACGCUGCUUUCGUGUGGGAAAACUCUGUGGUAUCUCGCAGCGAGGGAGUAACGUUCCCCCAGGCCCCGCGGCCUCGUGUUUCUCGUGUGAUCCUUUCUGAGGAGGCUCAGAAGGAGCUGCCCGUGUGUCCCUGGGGCAGCUGGAGAGGAGGAGGGGCGAUGUGCCAGGCCUGGUGGUGGGAAGCUGGGUAUGGGGACGUGCCCACUCUCCAGAGCGUGGUCUGUGGCUGUGCUGCCUUCACCUUUCCAGCAGGAGUCACUGUCCAAAAAGCAUUCCCCCUCCGGGAGCUUAAUAGCAGGGAGCUUUUAAUUCUGCCCCCGAGGAAUUGCCUCUUGUAGCUGCUUUGGGGGUGUCCUGUGCCUAACAUGGUUGCCUGUGUGUGCUGUUUUUUUUUAUCACAGACGGGAAAAAAAAUGAUGGAGAGGAGCUCCCUAGUCCUCAAAUCAGCCUUUGCCCUUUUGUGUCUGCCGACCAGCUUGGGAUGGAGAAAUCAGAGGGCGAGCCAGCCUGGCACCUGCCCCCCUGCGUGCUGCAGGCAGGAAGUGUUUCCCAAGGGAGGGGAGUCACGCCUUACCUCUGACAGCGCUCCCCGGCUUGAACAUUAACAGGCUGGCGUGGGGAAAUUGGGAAAUCCUGUGACCCCGCAGACCCGAGCAGCCAGGGCUCCCCCAGUGCAGCCUUUCCUCGGAAACGUGGUCCUGCCCCUGGGGGGAACGGCGCCGGUGAACACGUCGCCACAGCUCGGUACUGCUGAGCCAGAGUUUAUUUUUAACUAGGCCCAGCCAAAUUUAAGGCCUUCGGUACAGAAUGUGCAUCCUGCCUGGGGGGGCAACCUUCAAACUGCUGCGCACGAGGGAAGGGGUUAUCGGGGUCUGUUUGCCCUCCUUAUCUAUUCCCCACAAAUAAAAUCCGCUGAACUUUC